CUAAUAAUAACGAGCUGCGUGCCGCCAGCAGUAAUUACAGAGCAGGGGAAGCCUGAGAAAGCCGCGUCCAGCCAGCUGCAUGGGUUGAGCAAUGUAGUGCGGCGAGUUUGUGCUGCUGCCUGACAGAAUCCAUCAGAGAAACAAACCGCCCCCUCCCUCUCCGAGUGCCCCCGCUUCAGAUGCAACUCAAAAUACAUGAAGCCUCCAUGUUGCACAGGGAAUGUAGGGCCGCUGGAUAUGAACCGUUUGCCUGAAAGUGUCCGACAACUUCACCGUUAAACUACUUGCCGCACGUUUAUGGACGAGAACAACCAUCCGACGGGCUUCCUAGUGUUUUCAGCGCUGUUCCAGACACGGCCUCACAUUUUGGAUGAUCCGAGCUUCACGGCUAACUCGCUAACCCGAGCUACCUGCUAACUUCACUUAGUCGCUUUUUUAAAUUUUUUAUUUCUAUUAUUUUUUCUUUAGCCGCACACGCUGUCGGUGUUUGCCCACAAACGGACUUGUUCGUAGCGAUGAUAUUUUUGGGAAAGCCAUAAAUGACAGCCAGUCACUGGCUUCCCUUCACCACCGUGCUAGUUGGCUGGCUACCACCGCUGCCACAACACUUCGCCUCGGACGGUUUCCUGGCUUUGUGGGCUAGCUGCUCAUCCUAAACGGCUAGCUAACGGCAGCUAGCAAACGAAGCAAGCGCGCUAGUACGAAUAACAUUGUGGGAAACAAAACGGGAAUAUCCACUCGUCUAAAUGGACCACAUGUCCAUAAUAACCCAAGUUUCCAACCCGAAGGAGGAGGAAAUAAUAUCCUUUAACCAGGAAAAAGCAUCCCAGUCAAACAGCAGCCUAAAGAAGCAGAGGAGCCGGGGCAUCUUCAGCACAUUCUUCUGCUGCUUCCGCAACUACAAUGUAGAGCCGCCAGCCGCCAACACCAACACCAGCUCCCUGCCUCCACCUGUUGAGGAGAAUGGAUCACCUCCCAAGUGUGACCAGGUCGAGGUCAUCCCUGUCCCUAGUCCACCAGCCAAAUACCUCCUUCCAGAGAUGAAAAUAUCCGACUAUGGCAAAAAGUGUGUGGUAAUUGACUUGGAUGAAACACUGGUCCACAGCUCAUUUAAGCCCAUCAGCAAUGCUGAUUUCAUUGUGCCGGUGGAGAUUGAUGGUACCGUUCAUCAGGUGUAUGUGCUGAAAAGACCCCAUGUGGAUGAGUUUCUUCAAAAGAUGGGAGAGCUAUUUGAAUGUGUGCUCUUCACAGCAAGCCUUGCCAAGUAUGCAGACCCUGUGGCAGACCUGCUAGACCAGUGGGGUGUGUUUCGAGCGCGACUCUUCAGAGAAUCGUGCGUCUUUCACAGAGGGAACUACGUAAAAGACCUCAGCCGGCUCGGGCGAGAGCUCAGCAACGUUAUCAUUGUGGACAAUUCACCCGCCUCUUACAUUUUCCAUCCAGAAAAUGCUGUCCCAGUUCAGUCCUGGUUUGACGACAUGAAUGACACAGAACUCCUGGACCUGCUGCCUUUCUUUGAGGGACUCAGCAAAGAAGAAGAGGUUUACGGAGUCCUGCAAAAUCUGAGAAGCAGGUAGCAGGACACACCGCGGCGCCGCCUGUUGCUCUCCAUCCUCCUGUCUGCCGAUCUCUGCCCCUUUCUACAGCCACAUCUCUCAGACUCAGGCAGAUCCUCCCACACUGCGCCCCAAGAGGCCCCUGGAGUCUCACUGUGGAAACCUUCAUGUCACCGUGUCUCUGAUCUCAUCUCCUGGUGACCGGCUGCCUUCUGAGUGCCAUCGAACAUACAACAAUAUUUAAAUAUCCCAGGAGCACUGUGUCUCACAAAAAAACCCACACCAGAAAAUGCACAGAGCAUCCUAAGUUGAUAAUAUCGGGGACAAAAUAUUAAGAGGAACGAACUCUGGUCUUUAUUUUCAAAUCAAGAAAGUUUUACUAUUCGGUGAAGUGCUUAUUUUAAAACCAAAAAAAAUGGAAACAUCUCUUUGUCUGAGACUUGUUUUGUGGUACAACACAAAGAUUAUUGUCCUCAUAUUGUUGCUAUGCAGGCAGUUUCUGGUAGUAGAAAGGACUGUGAUUCUCUUUUCUUACUGAAUGAAGUGCCUUGUGUGAAUGUUGUUUAUAUGGGGAAAUAUUUUGUACAUGGCAUAUUUCCAGAGUACGUCAGUCUUUUCACACAGUAUGCUUUAAAGUGGACACAGAAGUAUCUUUAUAUAAAAGUUUUACCCCACUUUUUUUGAUCAUCAAACGCUGGGCAAUUGUCUCAUAGUAUUCUUUAUUUUCUCGGUAUGCUUGUGCCAUUAUAUAGAUGUGACUUUGUUUCUUUCUGCUUUCAUUAUACGUAGAAAUAGUUCAUUUGUUUUAGGAAAAGGAGUAUGUUUGCAGUUGUGAACUUCACACCCCACCUGCAAGUACAGUAGUUUUUUUCUGUUUGAUAAUUUGAUCUGAAAGCUCUGAUAAAACUGUGCCAUUUAUUUUUCUGUCUCUGUCAUGUUACUCCCCUUUUAUCUCAUUUUAUUAUUUGCCAAAUAAGGAAUUUAUUUUUUUAACAGGCUUCAUAUCUUUACCAGGGGUUGAGCUACAACUGUUAAACCUUUAGUAAUAAGUAUAGCAUUAUAGGUUGUCUUCUUGUUUUACUCUAUGUUUUUAAUGUUCACAGAUCCUCGUCUGUCAUUGGAUGGGAUGCUUUUAGCCCAGUUUUUUUUUCUCUUCUUUUAAUUAUUUUUGGCACAUAAUUGGUGCAGCUUCACCCUUUAGGGGAUGAUCUUUCUCCGAAAUUGGCAAAGGUGUCCUUUUUGUUGUUUCAAAGGGUCUGGGAUCUUACAGCAAAUAGGGUUGAGUGCCAUGUUUUUAUUUUUUCAUGAUGUCUUUAGGGAAUAGAGUUUAGUGUUGGAUGGAGUUUGAAGUGUUGAAAUGGAGCCACUCUCCUUCUGAUUUAAACACUUGGGGAGUGUUUUUUUUUUCUUCACAGACUCUUCUUUUUUCUUUUCAAACUGCUGUUCACCUCAGUGCCUACGUUUGAGAGGAGCCCAGCAAACUGAAUGCUGCAACAUCAGCUACCAUGGCAAUAACCUUUUUGGGGAGGGAGGGGAGUUUCCAUCCCAACUGUUUGGUUUUGAGUGUCUGGAGCACUUGACAAAGCUGGCCAGUGGAGGUUUGUUAACAGUGAGGCUGGUCUGGUUAUCACAAUUGCAUUCAGUGUUAAUUAGAAAACCUUCAAAUAUUCAUUUUCACAUCAUUUGAUCCAAAAUCUGGACGUGUAUAAUUUAAUCUUUUUUGAAUCAAAUUCAUUUUAAAGUGCUGAAACAACUUGAAUGUUGUUCGGUCAGCAGCCAUCGACGUCAUGUGGUUAACUACAGUAACAGGUUUUGUUGUAGAAGGAAGUAGAACGGACUCCUUCCAAGCCCGCAGAUGGGCGCUCAGUCCUGGCCCGUCCACACAGCCCUCCAAAUGUUGGGGUCCAGCUCUAAAUCCGACACUACCGGGCCACUGCAAACGGACUGUGAAAAACCUCAUCAUGGCAUUGAUGCCUUACUGCCUGCGGAGGCACAAAGCAAUGCUUCUUCGUUAAUUCCAAGGCUGCAUCUACGUGUUUGAGCGUUGUCUCUUUAGUAUUUUCCUCUGGAGUGUGAAAACGGCUCAGCCAUAUAUGUAGACCGUAUGUGGCUCAGGUGGGUGAAACGAUAAAAUGAAGCUCAGCGGUGCCAUCUAGGGAUUCAACAAACCUUAUUUUAUUGCUUGGUUUAUGGGUCACGGUGUUACAUUUGAAACACCUACACUACUUCAUAAUUUCCAACUGUUUUUUUCUUUUUUCUUGUUGAAGGGCUGCUGCUCCUUCUGGCGUAUUGAAAAUGAUCCGUCUUUUACAUAAGCAUUUCUGUUGGUAGUGAGUUCAGCACACGAUGAUGGUUUCAGUGCAAUGUCCUUUUAUAAGAAGCGACUCUUCUCAACCUCUCAAUGAAAUCCUUUCUCUGAAAAUGUUCUUUGUAUCAUUGUGAUAUUUUUCUACCUACAUUUUGUCAGUAUUUGGUUUGAAAAGUUGCAUAUUUACCCAUUAUAUCCAGCUUUUUGUCCCCUCUUUCAGAUCUGUAAAGUCCCUCUCUCUUGCCGCUGGUAAGAAAUCUGUCAGGUUUCAAGUGUGUGUUUCUCCUUUGUGUACCACCUCACUCAUAAUCACGUUGAUCAUUUUGUAUUAAGUUUAACACCAAAGUUCUGAAAACACUUCAGUUUAAGUCACUGUGCUUUUUUGGGGGGGUCAGGUUCUUCACUUUUUUUUUUUUUUUUUUUUAAACAAACACUUGUUGGUUCUUGUUGGCUUACUUUGAGCGUUGGCAGCGUGUUGUCAUCCUGAGCAUCAGUUUUCUUUUGCUUUUGCUUUCCUUAAUAAAAAGGCUUCAUCAGAA